UGACCUGUUUAUUUUACCCGGGACAAAAAUAACAGUCAAAGUCUCGUCGAGUAUUUCUUCCUCAUAACUGUGUUUUGUGAAGUAGGCAUUAGAUUAAAAAUAAACAAUUAAAAGGUAGAAGUCUAGGUUAUAACUUCAGGGACUCUUAAAUAAAGUUGUAAUGGGUUCCUCUGCUGGUCUCAGACUUUAUAUGAGUGAUAAUAACGGACCUUUAAUCCUGGACUGAACUGGAGGCACAGGGAAUCAAAUUACAGUUAUAAGUUUGCACACGGCGCCAUCUUGUGGCGGAAGACAUUCAUAACCUGCUUCCGCCACACCACUCACGGAACAUCCGGUUGUGCAGCAGCCAUUUUGUCUGUUCGGGCAGCAAGUCCACCCUGACGAUCGAGAACUGCAGUUCCGUCUUAAAGAAAACAAUGUGAAAUUUAAUCCCAGCGUUAAUAUUUCCCGUUAUCUACUAUCUAAAAAAUCAAAUCACAAUUUUACAAGCCGAGGUGGGCGGCAGAACCCCCGGAUUUGAGUGUAAAAAACUAAAAAGCGCUGGUGUCUGGUUACGACAUGUCGAGCGAAGAGAGCUACCGGGCCAUCAUCCGCUAUCUGACCGAUGAGAGGGAGCCCUACGCGGCAGGGACCCCCGGGAACACCAAGAGAAAGAUCCGCAAAGCAGCGACAUGCUACGUGGUCCGCAGCGGGACUUUGUUCUACCAGAGGCGGCUGAAGGGACAGAAUGACUUCACGGAACUGGAGGUGGUGCUGCAGGACGAUCGGAGGAGGGAGCUCAUCACCGCGGAGCAUGUUGCCUCUGAGGGCGGGGAACACCUGAACCAGCAGCUCACCUGGGACUUCAUCUCACAGAAGUACUGGUGGAGAGGUAUCCUGAAGCAGGUGAAGGACGUAAUCAGAGAGUGUCCCGAGUGUCUCAACAGACGCAGCUCGGAUGACGGCGCUGGAAAUCGACUUUUCGCCCGACCGGCGCGACGCAGAGCGACCGCUAACGAUGAAGAGGAAGAGGAGGAAGAAGAGGGAGAUAGCUUAGUCUUCGCUGACCCAUCUAGUCAACUGAGACACAAAGCGACGGCCAAACACGAACUCGUCUUUGUGGACAGUAAGGGCGAGGUGAAUCAGUUCCUGCCCAAACACAGCCAGACGAUGCUGGACAAACUGAACCAGCAGCGCCUCACUAACCAGUUCUGUGACAUCACGCUGCUCAUCGAGGGAGACGAGUACCGAGCGCACAAAGCCGUCCUCGCCGCCUGCAGCGAAUACUUCAACGAGCUCUUCUUCGAGAAGGGA